AAUUUGGACAAGAUGGGUGAAGAUAUGGUGCCGCUGGUUGUUGAUAACGGGUCGGGGAUGGUCAAGGCCGGCUUUGCAGGUGAUGAUGCCCCCCGAUGUGUAUUUCCGUCGAUCGUUGGCCGCCCAAAGCAUCAAAACAUCAUGGUUGGCGUUGAUCAAAAGGACUGUUUUGUCGGCGAUGAAGCCCAAAGCAAAAGAGGAAUAUUGAUAUUGAAAUACCCGAUUGAACACGGUAUUAUUACAAAUUGGGAUGAUAUGGAAAAAAUCUGGCAUCAUACGUUCUAUAAUGAGCUGCGCGCGAAUCCUGAAGAGCACCAAGUUUUGCUGACUGAAGCGCCGCUCAACCCGAAGGCCAACCGAGAGCGAAUGGUGCAAAUUAUGUUUGAAACCUUCGGAGCGCCAGCAACAUAUGUCGCCAUCCAGGCUCUUCUUUCUUUGUAUGCAUCUGGUCGUACUACUGGAAUCGUACUUGACAGUGGAGAUGGCGUCUCACAUACAGUGCCCAUCUAUGAAGGUUACGCACUGCCACACGCUAUCUUGCGCCUCGAUUUGGCCGGAAGAGAUCUGACCAAUUACAUGCAACGUUUGUUGACGGAAACUGGAUACACAUUGAGUACUUCAGCAGAGAGAGAGAUUGCUCGCGACAUCAAAGAAAAACUGUGCUAUGUAGCGCAGGAUUAUGAGAUGGAGGUGCGAAACCAAGGCGAGAAUUGCACUUGUGAGGUGCAAUAUGAACUUCCGGAUAUGAACGUCAUUACUGUUGGAAAGCAACGUUUUCAAUGCCCAGAGGCUUUGUUCAAUCCGUCCCUCAUUGGAAAAGAAGACCAAGGAAUUCAUCAUUUGACUUACAGCUCCAUCCAAAAAUGUGACGUUGAUAUUAGGAAGGACCUAUAUAACAAUAUUGUGUUAUCGGGUGGCACAACAAUGUAUGAUGGAUUGAGCGAACGGCUAACCAAAGACAUGCAAUCACUGGCGCCAAGCGCAAUGAAGAUUCGUGUGGUUGCCCCGCCUGAGAGAAAAUUCUCAGUCUGGAUUGGUGGCUCAAUUCUCUCUUCACUCUCGACAUUCCAAAACAUGUGGAUUUCAAAAGAGGAGUAUGAUGAGAGUGGACCAACAAUCGUUCAUAGAAAGUGCUUCUAG